AUGGUAUACCAAGAAGGCGCGAAGCUUGGACUCAUCCAGAUCGCACUGAGUGGAACCUCCGACGCUGCUGGUGACGUUGAGGAGGCGGUGGCCACCCUCGGGGAUGAAGGCGCCGGUGUAGAGGGAGAGCCCGCGGAGGCAGAAGGCGGCGGAGAGCGUGACGUCGACGGGGAACAACCGGGGGAGCGCUGUGAGAAGGAGGCAGAGGAGGGUGGAGAGUUGGGAGAGCGAGGCGGAGACGAAGAGCUUUGCUAUAAGCAGUUAACUGGAAGGAUACCUACACAACUUGGUGAUUUGAAGAAGCUUAGUGUUCUUGCUCUUCAGUCAAACCUGCUGGGUGGAGCUAUCCCUGCUAGUCUAGGUGAUUUGGGAAAGUUAAUGAGGCUAGAUUUGAACUCUAAUAAUAUCUUUGGUUUCAUUCCCAUUAAACUAGCUGAUCUUCCUUCACUGCAAGUUCUGGAUGUUCACAAUAAUACUCUCUCUGGGAAUGUACAUCCUGAUAACUUGCUAUUGACUGAAGACCAGAAAACAGUCAAGCUAGCAGAUUUUGGUUAG